UUAAAGCAAUAUGAAUGAAUAAUUGAAUCAUUUUAAAUACAUUCUUUUAAAUGUCUCUAUUUUCCCUUUUCUUGUCAGGCAUGAAGAUUGCUGCGUUCAAUGUCCAGAGGUUUGGACUGACGAAAGUCUCAGAUCCAGAUGUUCUUUCAACUCUUGUUAAGAUUGUGUCUCGAUAUGACAUCAUUUUGAUUCUGGAGGUGGUCGAUGUGAGCGGCGAUUCUGUCAAACUGCUCUUGAAAGAACUGAAUAGAGUCAACACAACCCAUCACUACGCUCUGCAGCUCAGUGUCCGACUGGGAAGGACCAGAUACAAGGAGCAGUUUCUGUUUCUCUACAGGGAUGAUGUGGUCGACCUGAUUGACAGCUAUCAAUAUGAAGACAACCAGGUGAACGAUAUGGAUGCUUUUGCGAGAGAGCCAUACAUUCUGCACUUCAAACCGCACAAUACCGUGCUGAAGGAUAUUGUGCUGAUCCCGGUGCAUACCAGACCACAGGACUCAGAGAAAGAGCUGGAUGAGCUGUAUGAAGUCUUCCUGGCAGUGAGAGACAAAUGGAAAACUGAUAACAUAAUGAUCCUGGGUGACUUCAAUGCAGAUGGUAAAUAUGUCACAAGCGAAGAAAUGACAGAGAUCCGUAUUCGCAGCAACAAGAAUUUCCACUGGCUGAUUGGUGAUGACGUGGACACCACUGCAAAUACAACGAAUGAGCACACCUAUGAUAGGAUUGUCGUGUAUGGAGAAGACAUGCUGGCUGCCAUUUUGCCAGGCUCAGCCAAACCAUUUAACUUCCACAAAGAGUUUGACAUGACAGAAAGAAAGGCCCUGAGAGUGAGCGACCACUACCCUGUUGAGGUAGAACUGCGUAGCUCCCCUCCUUUCUGGAUUGAACAGAGCUAUAAAAACCCUGAGAGUCUGCAGGUUGAUGUGUUGAAACUGCAAAAGGAAAACCUCCUGCUGGAGCGAGAAAAACUCCAACUUCAGAUCAGCUUGUUAAAACAAAAGCUUUUCACACUAACCCAACAAAAAUAA